AUGAAGCUCAUUCUCACAGGAGCAACCGGUUUCAUCGGCGGUGAAAUCCUUACGCAAUGCCUAAACAAUCCAUCCAUCACCUCCCUCAUCAUCCUCUCUCGACGCCCCAUUGAUUCUCUCUCCUCUAAUGCAAAAGCAAAAGUAAUAAUCAUGGAAGAUUUUAAAUCAUAUCCUAAACCCGUGAUCCAGGAGAUCUCAGAUGCGGAUGCGUGUAUCUGGGCAAUGGGUACAUAUGACGGUAACCAUCAAGUCGAAGUCGAAUUUCCCACUGCCUUUGCGAAAGCUAUGUUGCACGAGAGGAAGGCUGGGAAGUUCCGAUAUGUGCAUUUGGGAGGUGCGUUCACGGUGGAGGACCAGGACAAAACGUUGUAUUUUAUGCCCGCCGCACGGCGGGGGAGGGGGCUAGGUGAGUUCACAAUGAGGCAUUUUGCGAAAGAAAAUGGGUGUGAGGAGAGGUGGGAAACGAUUGUUAUGAGACCUUCGGGGGUUUUGAAGAAAGAUAGGUUUAGGUUUUUGAAUCUAACUAUAGCGGAUACAAUUGGGCUGUAUCAUAGCGAUGGAAUUGACUGUGGUUACUGUUUAGGAUCUGAUGAAUGCGCGGCGAGUAUGAUCGAUGUAGCGUUGAAUGGGUCCACAGAGGAGGUGUGGCAAAACAGUGAAAUGGUCGCUAAGGGGAGGAUUCUCUUGGAACAGUGA